AUACAUACAAUGACACAAUAUAGACUUAGAAUCAAGAAUGCUGCUCAACUUGUUAUCGUGUCAAAGGACAAGGAAUAUGUCACUGGCAAGGACAUGAGCAAUGUAUUGAUAAUAGAGAAUGGAUCAUUGAUUGUUGAUAACAAUGGUGUUAUUGAUGAUGUUGGAACUGAGGAGGAGAUUGUGUCGAGACAUGCUGGUGAUCAGUUUGACAAUGUUAUAGACUGCACUGGACGUGCUGUUAUACCUGGUCUGGUGGAUGGACACACUCAUCCAGUGUUUGCAGGUGAUCGUGUACAUGAAUUCGCAAUGAAGCUGGCAGGCGCCACCUAUCUGGAGGUGGCCAAGGCUGGCGGAGGUAUCGGCUUCACAGUCAAUCACACAAGGAAUGCAUCCGAGGCUGAGUUGCUCGAACUGCUCAAGCCACGUCUGGACCGCAUGAUAAGACAGGGAACGACAUUGGUCGAGGCCAAGAGUGGCUACGGUCUGGAGACCGCCACAGAGAUGAAGAUGCUCAAGGUGCUGCACCAGGCUGGCAUCCAGCACCCAAUCGAGAUCGUCUCGACCUAUCUGGGUGGCCAUGCCGUUCCCAAGGGAUCGACUGCCGCCGAGGCCACAGAGGACAUUGUCAGCAAGCAACUGCCAGAGCUCAAGAGAUUGAGAGACGCUGGCGAGAUCUCGCCUGCCAACAUCGAUGUCUUCUUGGAGAAGGGCUUCUUUGAGUACGAGGACACCAAACGCAUCCUACAGGCCGGUCAGCAGCUGGGUCUUGCGAUCAACUUCCACGGCGACGAGCUCUCCUACAUGAAGUCUGGCGAGCUUGCUGGCGAGCUCAAGGCUCGCGCAUCCAGCCAUCUGGAACUAGUAAGCGAGGAGGGAAUGAAGGCCAUGGCUGCUGUCCCUACAUUUGGCGUGCUCCUUCCAACCACAGCAUACGUUCUGCGAUUGGAAUGUCCACCUGCACGUAGAAUGAUCGAGCUUGGUGUUCCUGUUGCUCUUGGCAGUGACUACAAUCCCAACGCCCACUGUCUCUCCAUGCCAUUCGUCAUGAACCUCGCAUGUGUCCUCAUGAAGAUGAACAUGAAUGAAUCACUUGCGGCCGCCACAAUCAACGCCGCAGCAUCAAUCAACAAAUCCAAGACUCAUGGAUCAUUGGAAGUUGGAAAGUUUGCCGACAUGGUCAUCAUUAACUCAUCGCGUUGGGAACACAUUAUCUAUGAGAUGGUCGAUCCACCCAUCUCUCAUGUUGUCAAGAAGGGCAAUGUUGUAUUUACAAACACAUCG